AUGAAACAGACACAGUCUUACACCUACAACAGGGAACUUGUUGAACAGCACAGCCUGGUGCCUGGAGAGUAUGUGAUCAUCCCCUCCACCAUGAAGCCCUACAUGGAUGCAGAGUUUGCUCUCUCCGUCUUCACUAAAUCCGAAGCUAAGCUCACUCCCCAUGAUGAACAUGAUGAUCAUGACCAUGAGGAAGAAGAAGCAGACAACCACAAAGAGGAGGAGAACUUGAUCCUUCCUGAGGUACCUGGAAAGAAAGAUGAGGAUACCAAGGAUUCUGUCCAUGCCCUUUUCAAGCGCUUUGCUGAUCAGAGAGGUGAGCUGAGUGCCUUUCAGCUCCGCAAAGUCCUGAAAGACCAAUUCCCUAAUGGAUCCAAAUGGGGCUUUGAGUAUGAAACCUGCAGGGGCCUGAUUGCCUUGGUGGAUGUUGACCGUAACAGGAGGAUGAGCAUCACUGAAUUCAGGGCCCUCUGGAAGAAGAUCACUGAAUACAAGAAACUCUUUGAUCGUGCAGAUUUGAAUAACAACGGAAGCCUGUCUGACUACGAGGUCCAGAAAGCAAUUCAGGCUUCAGGAUUGGAUAGCAACGAUGCGACGGUGAAGCUGUUUGUUUUCCGCUAUUCGGGCUAUUCCUCCACCGAUUUGGGUGCCUUCAUCAAUCUUAUGUUGCGCCUGGAGAAGAUGUCAAAUGUCUUCAAGGACAGAUCCUCAGAUGGAGUGAUCCACCUGACCUGGGAUGAGUGGUCCAGCAAUACCAUGUACAACUAAAGCCCGGCUGACACAGGAGCACAGGAGACCCAAAGACAAGAGAAGAAUCUUGCAACCAAACUUGAUGUCUUCCUGUGCACAACCUGUAAAGCAAAACUUAGACAAGUUUCUUUGAUCAAAUGAUCCAAGUGAAAUAAACGUCUACUAUCUGAACUAUGA